AAGACAGUAUAUGAUAAACCCAAAGAUGCCUCGAGUAACUUUGAACACAUCCUGUACCAAACAAAAAGUGAUAAACAAGAUUUCUGUUCGGGGCCUCUGAGAGAACAGCCUGAAUUUGAGAGCAAUCUGGAAGCAAAAGGAAUGGAGGACAUGAGUGUGACAGACAUAGCAGAAUUUGUGCAUUAUGAAUGGCCAUACAACAAAAAGGUGAAAAUAUUUGUUGUGGUAGACAAUAAUAGGUACCGAAAAUGGGAUAGCAAUGUGACCAAGACGACCCACAUGAUUAUGGAGGCCAUCUCCAUUGUGCAUACCUACUUCAUUGCAAUCAGGGUUAAAAUCUACUGGGUUGGUUUGGAGAUCUGGACAGAGAGAGAUAUAACCCAUAUUCAGCCAACUUUGCAAGGUACUCUGAAAUAUUUCAUUGUAUGGAGGUGGUUCAAGCUCAUACCUCGGGUUUUACAUAAUAUUGCCUUUGUGGUUGUAGGGCAUGAAACCGGAAGCAAAGCAGGAUAUUCCAAUCUUGGCAGUGUCUGUAAAGAGUUCGAGUCUGUGUCAGGUCUAUCCUUCUCCCAUGAAGACGUAUCCCGCUUUGCUUCUGCCAUGACCCAUGAGUUGGGCCACACUCUGGGCAUGGAACAUGAUACCCAAUACUGCAUGUGUGGUGAUGAAUUUUACUGCAUAAUGCACGAGUCUGUUUCUCAGAAGCAGCAUUUUAGCAACUGCAGUUUAGAGUUUCUCUAUAAAUUCGUGUUGGAUGAAAGUACGGGAUGCCUUUAUCAAGCACCAGUCCCCACAGAAAUAUUCAGGGUGCCAAUCUGUGGGAACGGAAUAUUAGACAGAGAGGAGGAGUGUGACUGUGGAACUGAAGAGAACUGUGCAAAGGACCCUUGCUGUCUUCCCACAUGCCGGUUCACUGUGGGUUCCACUUGUGCUUUUGGACCCUGCUGCAAAAAUUGUAAUAUUCGGAGGGCAACUGAGGUGUGUCGUCCCAGCAAGCAUGAUUGUGACCUCCCUGAAUAUUGCAAUGGAACCUCCAUUUGGUGCCAGCCAGAUGUCUUCAAACAAGAUGGCACUGAGUGCAGUGUUGGCUAUUGCUAUGAGGGGAAUUGUCACAGCCUGGAUAAACAGUGUGUUGAGAUCUUUGGCAAAACCUCCAGUAGGGCGCCAGAUAGUUGCUAUGAGAGUAUAAAUGGUAUGGCGGAUCGGAUUGGGAACUGUGGCCCUAUAAUUGAUGGGAGGCGCAGGACCUUUCGAAAAUGUGAACCCAAAGAUAGCAAGUGUGGAAAGCUUCUAUGUCAAAACAUUCAGAAGUUGCCCCGAGGCAAGAACCACUACACCUAUUUCCAACUGCCCUUUAAGGGGUCCUGGUACUGGGGAGCGGAGCUCUUAGAGGACAUAGGGAAAAAAGAUCGAGGAGAAGUGUAUGCUGGUACGAAGUGUGACCAUGAGAAGAUAUGCCUGAACAAUGUGUGUUCUGAUAUUCACGCACUCAGGCAGAGGUGCAGCACAGAUGCCACUUGUACUGGGAGAGGGAUGUGUAACAACUUGGAUCAUUGCCACUGUGAAUAUGGUUAUGCCCCACCACAUUGUGUAACUAAAGGUAAUGGGGGCAGUAUAGACAGUGGGCCCCCUCCUGCCCGUUUACAAACAACCCAAAACUCUUGUUCUGGUGACUCUGGCUCAAGACAGAUUCUGGUGUUUAUUAUUCUUGCUGAAGAGAUGCUGGCUGUCUUUUGGCUGGAGAAUUGGAACCUGAAAGCUGAAGCUCUCCCUCUCUUCUGCCUGGAGAUUGGACCUGAAGUAAUCAUUGUCAGAGAAACCUCUGUGUUGUGCCUCUGCUUGGCUAACACAUUGUCACAUGGAAUGUGGGCUAUGCAUUUAUUAAUUAUUAUUAUUGUUGUUUUUCCCAAUGAGCAGCAGUGUCCCCUGGCCACCACUUCUGCCACCGUUCAGGGAUACAACCCCAGUGGCAACAUGGCAGCCACUCUGGUCCCCGCUCUGGCCGCUGCCUCUGCACCCAUGGAAGACCAGGAAAAGAAAGUUCUUGCCACGAAACCAGUUGAGGAGUCCAAGGUGCCCAUUCAUAUGCUACACUCCCCACCUUCCUCCCUGCCAGCUGCUUUCCAAGCCCAGGACCUUAAGUGGUGUGUUUGA